AUGGCAAGUCCCAGUCCAGCUCCUGUCGCCCCGCCAUCAUCAGCGCCCUCGGCCCGCGCCCGUCGCCUCGCCCGCAUCUCAGGCGCAAUUCACCCGCUCGCGCCCCCAAAGACCUUUCGUUCCGAUGCCGCCGUCACGGACUACUUCCUCUCCACCAAGCGCGACAAGCGCCUCAUCAAGCACUCGUCCUUUCUCGCCCGCGUCGCCUCUUCUUCUUCCUCGUCCCGCAUCACCAAGCCCCGGAGCCAGAACCGCUCCCGCCGCCCCAACAACAAGCUCAAGACGUCCCUUCAAGGGCUCGCCGAUGCCCUCCCCAGCUUGCAGGACGAAGACGAGGGAGCUGACGAGGACCGCCGCGGCGAACUGCGACACAAGGUCCGCCACCGGAGCAUCAAGAGCAAGCCCGGUGCCCUGAAGCGCAAGGAGAUGGUCGUCAAGGGUGAGAUGGAGCGGUUCGGCGUCAGCAUGGCCCGCCUGUCUGGCGCUACCCCGUCGUCUUCUACACCCUCACUCCGUGGUGGCCAGGCCCAAGCGGACGGUAACGGUCGAUGGGCCGCCCUGCGCGGAUACAUCUCUGCCACCAUGGAGCAAGCCCCGGCCUUUGUCGGCAAGAGCUAA